CCUACAGACAUGGACAAACAUAUUAUUAUGUUAGCUUUAUGUCUUAUGGUUUAUGUUAUUGGAAAUAUGGAUUCAGUAACCGCUGCUGGUAUAGGUAAAAAUAAAUGUGAACUUGUAGUCAAAUGCUAUAAUAAGUAUUUGAUUUUACUUUAUAAUGUACACAACAUAUUCCUCUCAUAAAUAUAUUGAGUUUCGCUCAACAAUAAUGGCCAAGAACUUAGCUAGCGCCACCACUCUCGUGAACAUAGCUAAACACCUAUUCUCUACCGUCGGAAUGCAUAUAAACCCAACCCAAAUCUACGAUCAUCAACGUAGAAGACGGACAGUUAGUGUCAAAGAGUCUAACACUCUUAGACAGUUCAGUAAUUCCUCCAGUGGAAGGUAGCAACUGCAUAAAAUAAUUAGGGGUCAAUUUUAAUGAUGAAAUAGUUUUUGACAUGAAGAGCUUUCUUUCCCAAUUAGAAAAGGAUGUUAGAAAUUUAGUAACUUCUCCUCUAUUGCGAGAAGACCAGAACUCAACAUACUAGACCAGUAUGUUUACACAAAGUUGAUAUAUCCUAUGCAAACUACCCCCAUCGACCUUCUUGAUAAAAAUUUCCUCGAACGUGUUGAUAUGCUGAUAAGACAAUAAACUAGGGGAAUAUGUGGCCUUCCCGCUAACACGCCAUUUCCGGUCUACUACACGGGAAGAAAAUAUCGGGGUCUCAGUAUGUUACCGGUAGAGUGAUGUGGGAGGCUUCUUACCAGCAUAUCGCCAUCGCCCAAAAGCAAGCGCUCGUCCAAGACCCACACUUACUAGCAGUCCGUGAUCUACGCCAGGAAGAAGUACAGUCUCGCGCACGCCUAGGUCCCGUAACCAGCCUAAAUCCACGUGAAAUACGCACUGAGUUAAUGUGCAAUGAGUUCAAUAAGUGGGAAGAGUUUAGAAAAAUGGGAAAAGGCGUACUAAGGUAUGGCAGUUGUACAGCGACUAACAAUUGGGUAUCAAACAAAGGAGGGCUCUCAAGUGGUGAAUGGACGAAUGCAAUUAAAGCGUCGAUGAACUCGAUGUCUACCCGAGGAACAGGAGGUAGGAGUAUCGGUAAUCCCCAUUGCAGGAAUCUAGCCUGCAAUGAGAAAAAUAUAAUUGAUACCUUUCCCCACAUCCAAGGAUCCUGCCCCAAGACUGAAUUUCUUCGCAACAAUGCCUAUUACAAAUUCUGUACCUCCCUGGUCAACCUAUUUAGAGCAAAAACCUCUGAAGUACACGAAGAAGUGUGCUGCGUAGUUUUCGAUGAAGGAGCAACUAAAAACAGAAGGGCUGAUAAUAUCAUAGUGGUAGACAGAAGGAACGGACGAGGCCUCAUCAUAGACCCCACGAUUCGUUGGGAAACCAAUGACGAACAACAAGACGACAAUGUGUACAAAGAGAAAAGAGAUAUAUACCUACCAUGCACACCCAACCUGAGCCGCCUCUAGGGAGUAAGAGAGUGGGAAAUAUUUGGGUUCUGGUUCGGAGCACGCGGAACCGCAUCGAAACUUCUGCUGGACUCACCAAGAACAUCGGUCUGCAGCGAAGCGACCUCGUAAAAAUAUGUCUGUACGUAUUGCCGGACACUUUGCACAUAAUAAAUUAUCAUUUAUAUUCAUAACAAACAAAUUUUAAUAUUGAAAUCUUUGUUAUAUUUUUUUCCUACUACUAUUUUAAUUAUUAUUUUAAUUUUCUUUCAUUUAUAUUCAUAUACAUAUAAAACCCUAUAAGCUAUGUACAAUUGUAUUGAACAGUAAACUGUGUCAUUAAAACAACUCACAGAGUGAGCAGUCUGCUAUAUUUAUACUUAUAUACAGUAGAACUUCGAUUAACCGUCACUGUCGGGACCGGGGCUUUGACGGUUAAUCGAAUAGACGGUUAACGGAAAUUUUGCAAAAAAAACGUGUAAAUACAUAAACAUACACACAUUUAUUAUAUUUUAU